UGUUAUGUCAUUGACAUAAGUUUCAUUGUCGAUCCGUAAGAAUAAAAAUUACUAUUUUAAAGUAAUUGGAAAAUAUGGCUUCGAUCUUGCAAUACGCUGUUAGGCGCAGCAUUAUUCAGGGUGUUAGGACACAAGCAACUGUUGCUGGGCCCUCGGCCACUGCUGGCCACUCAGGUGGUGCUUCUUUGUGGAAGAAGCUUACCUUCUUAGUAGCUUUCCCAGCAGUCGGUUUGUGCAUGUUAAAUGCUUACCUUGGACACGUAGAAGAUCACCACACUCCCAGACCUGAGUUCAUUCCUUAUGAACAUUUGCGAAGACGCAACAAGCGAUUCCCAUGGGGUGAUGGACAACGCACGUUCUUCCACAACCCGCAUGUCAAUGCUUUGCCUAAUGGUUAUGAAGUAGAAGAAGAACAUCAUUAAAGCUCUUGCUUCAGCAGUUUUAGAUGAAAUAGUUUUAUGUGAAAGAGUGUAAUAUCUUGCUCUAUAUGAUUUAAAUUGUAAGUUACAAAUAAAAUAAAAUGAAAUAAAAUAAAUUUUACUGAA